AUGGAUGCUUCUGCUCAAUCCUCUGUCCCAGCCAGUGGGCAGGCUUCACUCUAUUCAAUUGACCGCCCUCUAACUAAUACCAUUGAUAACUCUGAAAAAGCCACUGUUGACAAUAGCGAUACUUCAAUUCCACCACGAGUCCAUGGAUGGAAGUGGUUUCUUGUAUGCUGCGUUCUAUAUUCCACUAUCUUCCUGUACGGGCUCGAUACAACCAUUGUUGCAGACGUCCAGGUUCCUAUUGUGGAAAGAUUUGGGUCUGUGGAUAAAUUGAGUUGGCUUGGAACAGGCUUCCCUUUGGGGUCGGUUGCAACUAUUCUUCCAAUUGGCGCUUUUUAUAACAUAUUUGAUAUCAAAUAUGUAUACAUCAUAUCACUCGCUUUGUUCGAGGGCGGAAGUGCGCUAUGUGGAGGUGCCCCUACUAUGAAUUCAUUGAUCGUGGGCCGGGUGAUGGCCGGAAUUGGGGGGUGUGGAAUGUAUCUUGGAGUCCUCAAUUAUAUUGCUAUUUUUACAACCCUUCGAAGACGACCAGUAUAUAUGGGUUUGACUGGCAUAGUGUGGGGAGCAGGAGCUAUCCUUGGCCCAGUGAUAGGAGGCUCAUUUGCAGAUAGCCCAGCGACUUGGAGAUGGGCAUUUUAUAUCAAUCUAGUUCUUGCUGCCGUGACAUUACCCGCCCUUUUCACGCUCCUUCCAAGGUACAAUUCUGCGUCGGCUGGUUCCGUGGUUUCUAAACUCAUGGAGUUCGAUAUCAUAGGAAUGGUCCUUAACGGUGGAAUUUACUUCCUAUGGGUCCUCGCUCUUACCUUUGCCGGGAUCACCUGGAGAUGGGAUGAUGGGCGCAUAAUCGCUUUAUUCGUUCUAUUCGGAGUCACAUUGAUUGCCUUCAUUCUCCAACAGUAUUUCUCCGUGUUCACCACCCCGGCUCGCCGCGCAUUUCCAGGAACGUUUCUCAAGAGACGAUCCUUGGUAAUCCUUUAUAUAAGUACCUGCUGCGCUAACUCAGCAUUCUUCGUCGGAGCUUAUUAUAUACCGCUAUUCUUUCAGUUUACUCGCGGUGAUAGCGCCAUUGCAGCCGCUGUACGGCUCCUUCCAUAUGUGAUGGUAACAAUAACAGUGAUCAUGUCGAGUGGAGCAUUGAUGCCAGUUUUCGGCUACUAUAUGCCUUGGUACUCUGUCAGCGGGGUGUUUUUGGUUGCUGGAUCCUCCCUCAUGUAUACCGUCGAUGCCCACACGCCUACUGCCAAUAUAUAUGGAUACUCUGUUCUUCUUGCUAUUGGAGCCGGAGCCAUAGCACAGGCAGCUUACAGUGUUGCAGCAGCAAAGGUAAAGGAAACCGAAGUGAAUCAGUCAGUUACCUUUAUCAAUCUCGCUCAACUUGGAGCAACGGUUCUAUGUCUCGCUAUCUCGGGAACCAUAUUCCAGAACCAAGCACUUCGGAAUCUCGAAACAGCCCUUGCUGGAUAUGGCGAUUACUCGAGGUCGCAGCUGAUCUCUGCAAUCGCUGGUGCUAAAAGUGAUAUUCUCAUUCAUGGGUCACCCGAAGUUAAGACCGCUGCGAUUAACGCAAUCGUUGCUGCAAUGAGGAACGUUUACGUUUCGCUUAUUGCUGCCGGCGGGCUGGUGUUGGUGACAUCAUUCUUCCUCAAGAGGGAGAAGCUGUUUAUGAAAAUGGAGGCGGUAGGAUAA